UUAGCGUCGCUCAGAGAGAAGAUGGCCCAAUCAGAGGCAGAGCUCUCAUGUCCUGUCUGCCACGACAUCUUCAGAGAUCCUGUCGUCCUGUCAUGCAGCCACAGCUUCUGUGAAGACUGCGUGCAGAGCUGGUGGAGAGAGAAACAAAUAAAGGAGUGUCCAGUUUGUAAGAGACGGUCAUCGAAGACUCGACCACCAGUCAGUUUGGUGUUAAAGCACCUGUGUGAGGCCGUCUUACUGGAGAGAGAUCAGAGCUCUUCAGCAGGAUCUGAGGCUCUCUGCAGUCUGCACGCUGAGAAACUCAAACUCUUCUGUCUGGACCAUCAGCUGCCAGUGUGCGUCGUCUGUCGGGUCUCAAAAAGACACAACAACCACAAAUUCAGGCCAAUCAAUGAAGCUGCACAGGAUCACAGAGAGGAGCUCCACGAAGCCCUGAAGCCCUUAAAGAAGAAACUGAAGCUCUUUGAACAAGUGAAAGGAAACUGUGAUCAAACAGCAGAACACAUUAAAGUCCAGGCUCGACACACAGAGAGGCAGAUUAAGGAGCAGUUUAAGAAGCUUCAUCAGUUUCUACAAGAGGAAGAGGAGGCCAGGAUCACUGCUCUGAGGGAGGAAGAGGAGCAGAAGAGUCAGAUGAUGAAGGAGCAGAUUGAGGCUCUGAGCAGAGAGAUAACAGCUCUUUCAGACACAAUCAGAGCCACAGAGGAGGAGCUGAGAGCUGAAGACGUCUCAUUCCUGCAGAACUACAAGGCUGCAGUGGAAAGAGUCCAGCAGCGCCCCCUGCUGGAUGAUCCACAGCUGGUCUCAGGAGCUCUGAUAGACGAGGCCAAACACCUGGGCAACCUGGCCUUCAACAUCUGGAACAAGAUGAAGGAGAUGGUCUCCUACACUCCUGUGAUUCUGGAUCCAAACUCUGCUCAUCCAGAACUCAUCCUGUCUGAAGAUCUGACCAGUGUGACACGUGGAGAGAGACAGAAACUUCCUGAAAACCAGGAGAGGUUUGACUGUUAUCGCAUUGUCCUUGGCUCUGAGGGCUUUAAUUCAGGGACUCACAGCUGGGAUGUCGAGGUUGGAGACAAUACAGGCUGGGUCCUGGGUGUAGCAACACAGUCUGUCCAAAGGAAGGGAGACAUAGGCCUGCAGUCUGGAUUAUGGGGACUGGGCCUCUGUAAAGGUGAAUACACAGCAUGCUCACUACCUGGUCCAGUCACUGUUCUGCCAGUGAAGGAGAAGCUGCAGAGAGUUAAACUGAACUGCAGCAGAGCAAAACUGUCUUUGUUUGACCUUGAUAGAAACACACACAUACACACCUUCACACACAUUUUCACAAGCAGGCUGUUUCCAUACUUUAGCAAUCUGAGUGAACUCCCACUGAAGAUAUCGCCAAAGGACGUCUCUGCAGCAGCGAAGCAAGUUAGUUAGAGGAAGGCGAUGAUAUUUUGUCAUGUUUAGACAGAGAUCGUAUACAUCCAACAUCUCCAAGACACAAAUGAUCCUGUCUGUAAACGAGUUUUUAUGAAAUCAAACUUAAACUUGGUCUUUUAAUACAAACAUGAUCUUAAUGCAUUUUAUUUUAAAAGUCUUGAUCACAUUUUUAUUUAAUCUCCUGUUCAUUAUAAAAUGUAUGAAUAAGGAUUUCUAAGACACUAAAUCACUUGAAUGAAUAUAUAUAUGCUGAGAAAAUGUCAA